UUUGACAACCAAGCAAUUCAACCAUAUGAUAUAUUUCUUAUGUGAAUUAACAGCAUUAUUUACUUUGAUUUAAAAAAAUCAAGAAUAAAUUUAUUGCUCUUCUUAAAGUGGAAAGACUUAAAGGGAAUCUCUUGUUAACAGUGAAAUGAGGAACAUCUAGAAUGGAAGGCAUAUUAUGGAAAUGGACUAACUAUUGGAAUGGAUGGCAGACGAGAUGGUUUGUAUUAGAAAAUGGUGUUUUAAGUUAUUACAAAUCACAAGAUGAAGUAAACCAAGGCUGUAAAGGUUCCCUAAAGGUUCAGGCAUUUGAAAUAAACGUUAGUCCUCUGGAUAACACACGUAUGGAUUUAGUUAUUCCGGGAGAACAGCAUUUGUACUUAAGGGCAGCUACUUCACAGGAACGUCAGCAGUGGUUGGUCGCCUUAGGAAGUGCUAAAGCUUGCGUCCAUCAAAAAGGAAAACAGCUUGUCGAGUCUAAUCCGGACGCACUGAAAACUAAAAAGUCAGAGCUCAGAUUAUACUGUGAUUUGCUUAUGCAACAGGUUCACGUGGUUAAGACGUCCGCACAGGCCGAAGACGGCCCGGAAAUUGAGAAAAUGGACGAAGCAACUAGACUUUUAGGUGCCACUUGUGAUACAUUUAUAAAGACUUUGGAGGAGUGCAUGAAACUCUCGAAUGCCAAUAUUAUGUACGAGUUACCCCUGAAAAAUGAAGUUAUUGUACCCCCAACAAAUGCCAAUCCAUCCAAUAAGAAGAAAAACAUGGCACGAACCAACUCUCAAGACUCAUAAUUCAACAAUACCAUAAUGGAAAUCGUUAACUUAUUUUUGCAUUGAGGAGCAUUUGUAAUCGUUUAUACCCACUUGUAGUAUUUAUAUCUACGACAGACAUAUUUAUGAAUUGCGUAAUAUAUUUAAUGUUAAACAUACCUAAAAUAGUAUAUGGUAAAGUUUAUUUAAGUCUUAGGUUUAGACCUUUUUUAUAGAAACUGUUGAAAUCGUUUGUUCUUAUAAUUUUUUACGUCUAUAUUUUAACUUAUUACUUUGUAGAGAGUAGAGCAGCUUAUUUGCAUUUCUUAGCCCUAGUGAGUUAAUUGGACAUGUUGUUAAUGCAUUAAGUGUUUGUUUAUAGAGAUUCUCAUAUUAAAGUCUUGUCAAUAUCACUAGUUUAGGUAAACCGCCAAAGUAUUUUUAUCUAUUUUCUGUUUAUGUAUCGAUAUAUAAAUAAAUGUGAUAUUUUUAUUCAGA